UUGAGUAGAAAAUUUGAUUGUUUUAGUUUUAUGUUUUGACUUUUAGAAAAUAGAAAAGUGGAAUGAGCGGCGUGUUAAGCACUGGUCACCGAGUUUUGAGACUUUCUAGUCACAUUACAGAGGUUUUUUUUUAAUUAGGACUUUAUUCUUUAUACAACCCUCUAGGUAUACACAGACUAGGAUAUAAAUAUAUCCAAGCAUUUACAUCUAACUCAGAAGGUAAACACUCCUGAGGCUUUUUAACAUGAGUGGAAAUGAUGUAGAAAAAGCCAUAGGAUACCUUCCAGAUUUAUUAAGGUUUAUUGACCUUAUGGUGAGGCAAGUUUGCAGAAGAGCCCAUUAUGAUACCUACAUGUGUGUUAAUACUGAUGAUGAACAUGAAAUUAGAAACACCAUAUUUUCCACUGAACAUCUCAAACAAAUCUAUGAUAAACCUCGUGAACAUAUCUACUAUUUACUAAAGAAUCCUCAAAAGACUCUUAAAGGUAUUUGGGUGGAACAUGAUGAUACUCUGCAGAAAAAAGUACACAAAUACUCUCACAUUGAGCAGAAAAUAUUGCUGGAUUUCAUUAAGAAGGUUCAGGAGCUGUUUCCUUCUUUUCAUUUUGCAUGGAUUGACCUACACCAUUACUUGUUUUAUUCAUAUAGAAAUUUUGUUUCCAUUGUUCCUAAUACUACCAACAAUGAAAGCUUAUCAACAUUGUUUGUGUCAGAAAUGAGGGGAUUAAUCACAUGUUUAAGAAUGGAGGAUGAGAGCCAACUUUGGUUAAGAAUUUUUACUUUGCUAAGAGAGUAUUGUAUAUUUGCUCAGUGGCAUUUUAGUCAGCAUGAUUAUGAAGAGGCUCUAAAGAAAUUCUUUGCUUACUAUGAGGCAAUGUUGAUUGCUGCAAAAAGUCUAGUUCCAGUCAUGUUAGAGUUUGAAAGAGAUGUUUUGUAUAAAAAUUAUCGUGUAUCUUGGGUAGACUUUAAUAGCCUUAUUUUUGCUAAGUAUUUCUAUGAGAGUGAUAGGGUAAAGAGUAGGAUUGAUGAGUUUUUAAGGACAAAGAGAAGUCCAGGUGAUAGUAUGCAAUUGUAUAAUUCUAUGAAUAAAUUAAUUAAAAUGUGGGCAGAAAUGCAGGCUAAAGUUGCAAGUACAAAUCAAGAAAGAAAGUUUGAAGAUAACAGUCUUGAAUCACUAAAAAACAAAAAAGUAUUGUCUGCUCAUAAGAAAUUGCUUUUAGCUACUUUCUGGGUUGAUAGAAGUUCUGAAGUUAAAAAUCUCAUUGACAUGGAGAGAAUUGACCAAAAUCUUUUUGAUUUACUAAUGGACCGGAGAUUUUUUCCAGAGGGACCAGGUUUAAACAAAAAUGGACAAUGUAUAUGUGAAGAAUGUCUUAUAGCCAAAUAUAAAGUAUAUCUCGAUUAUAAUGAGGAUUUUUCAUUUAUUGCUACUGAAGAAAGAACCACCUGUUGUCGAAAAUGCAAAUGCAUAUUAAAUUUAGAGCAGUUUCAAAGACAUGUGAAUGGUCACGUUGACGAUUCUCUAGCAAUACAACGUGGCGGUACUACAAAAUCAACUCUAAAUCAUAUGGAUAAUGUGGAUGUAGUAAAGUUAAGUGAUAGUACAGUUCAACUGACCGAGUUUUUUAAUGACAAGCUGAAAAUUUCAUCCAAAGCUAUUAAUAAAGUAAAAAAAAAUGAAAUGAAUAGAACCAAAAUUGCAUUUGAAAAAUUUGUUCAAUCAAGGAAACAAUCUAAGUUAGUAGAGAAUGUUAAAAAUGGUAGAUAUUCAAGUCUCAGGGAUGAACUUGUGGCAAAUGGUUACCCAAAACCUAAAAGUAACGAACACGAUCACAGUGUCAUGAUGUCGCAUGUCACCCCAGACAAAUUGGCGGAGACUGAGCAUAUUAUGACGGCUUUAGGAAAACUUUAUCAUAAGCCUAGUGAAUACUUUUCCACAGGUUGUAACGAACCGUCUGCAAAGAAAGAAUUUCAGGGAUUUCCCCCUGAAGUACCGCGACCAAAAGAUUGUGACUGCACUUACUGUAGAGUAUUUGGUUCUAAAGGCAUAAUAGAACCCAAGGAUAAGCUUAGAGUUAGGUACAACAGGAAGAGGGAUAGAAGAAAGGAACAAGAGACUUAUGAAAUGGCACCCCCAGAGACAGAAAUUGAUAGGUUUAAAGAAGAGAGCAGAGUACCUCUACCUCCCUCACCUCUUCACUUUUACUUUGCCCGCCCUCGCUUACCCCCUACUCCACCUCAACCAACAACCCCACCCAGUAUCCCUUCGACCCCAACACGUCAACCCUCUACUCCACCUCCAGAAAUAGCUUAUACAAUAAGUAAGAUUAAUGAAAUAAGAGGCUUGGUUAACUUUAUUGAAGGCAAAAAUAAGAAGAACAAGGCUGAAAUGGCUGAAAAAAAAGCUGCAAAGAAAGCUAGACAAAAAGAAAAAAGGGAACAAGAGAGAGUGAAGGCUGAAUUAGAAGUAAAAAGGCAAUUAGAAGAGGAAGCUCGCCAAGAAGAAAUGCGGCGACUUGAACAGAUAAGAACGCAAGAAGAAGCCGAGGAGGAACGGAGAAUCCAAGAAGCUAUUUGGAAAAAAAAAGAGAAAAAACAACGACAAGCAAGAAAACGAGCCGAGGAAGCACUAAAAAAGAACACGAUUGAAGAAACCAUACCAGCAAUGGUUACAAUUAAGAAAAUACCUGGGGUUGAAAAUGGCAUUCCACAAGUUACUAUUACGCUGAAGGGUUGCACACCACAGCAGAAUCAAAUACUUACUCAUAUAGUAGAAGACCCCAAGAAAGUAAAAAUACAGAAUGAGAAAAAAGUUUCAAAUCAACAGGGUCAAAGUAAGGCUAUUGCCAAUGAAUGCAAAGAUAAAGGUCGCAAAGGAAAAAAGAAUAAUCAGGAUCAAAAAUCGGCAAAAAGCCCGUAUCAGAAACCAGCGGAUAUCGAGAAACCGCAAAACGAUGUUAAGGUUAUAUCAAAAGAUGUAAAAGUAACCUUGACUGUAGACAAAACUAUGAAUGUAAUGCCUGAUGUAGUGUUUGACGCCCAAAUUAAAAAAUCGAAACAAAAACAAGAAAAAAUUGAAAGGGAACUCUCUGAUUUUGAGGCUAAACUUGUUAAAAACUUAAAAUUACCUCCAGGUAUAUCAAUUACCAAAAUAGAAACCCCAUCUGCAAACUCCAAAAAGUAUUUAGGGUCUUCAGCAAACAACAGUAAUUCCUCAGUUUUGGGCAAGUCAGGUGUAAUUGUUGUAGAAACUGAAAAACUAAUUAAGAAAAAUGAUUAUGAGUCAAACAAACCAGCCGGAGUGCCAUCUAAAACCUCAAAGAAAAAAAAGAAAAACAAAAAACCUCUAAAUGCUAAACCGGAUGAAGCCAAAGACCAGCCUAAAAUGGUGACUCUUAGAAACCCAAUGUUCCAGCAAUUCCAACCUUCGAAUUUUCCAUCUUUAGGAGACAAUACUAAUAGAAUUCUAGUUCCCCCGGACGAAAGUGCUCCUGCGGCAAUAUUUACUAGUGAAAAUGGCAUGGUCACUAUAAGAAGUUCUAGACUACAACACUCUAUAGAAAGUGGUAUGGUAGCAUCAUCAAAUGGCUUCCGACCUUUGGGAUUGCCUAUUUAUCCUGGUCGUGAAGAAAACAGGCCAAGCAUUUCAAAUUAUAUGAAUCCGACAAGUUACAAUACUGAAAACCGGAUGACGUAUAUCAAUGAACCUAAAGAAGAGGUAGACGAUACAAAUGGGGUUUCAAGUAUGGAUGCUCAGGAGAUUCUAUCUGGUUUACCCGGUAUUGAAAUAACUAAAAUUGAUAAAGAAUGCGAUGAUACAUUUUGCAAUGGUAUUGAUAAUAGCUCUGAUGACAAUCAUGCUGAAGUUUCAAUAAUUCCUUCUAAUGGGGCUGAUAUGGAAUUGGAUUUCAACAAGAAUGACGAAGAUUGGUUAUAUGAUAGCGUAUUUCAACCUAAGGACGUUUUAGAUGAAGAUCUGGAUGAAGAGGAAUUAGAAUUGGAAGCAUUUAAAAGGUUCUGCCAACAGUCUAUUCCUCCGAAAAAGAAAAAAGUUGCUCAUUUUAACGUGUCAGAAAUUAUUUUUAAAAAGAAACAACCGUCAGACGUUUUCAUUUCUCAUAAGUAGGUCAUUAAUAGUACCAAUAAUAAUAUUAUUGUAAAAUAAAUUAACCGUUUUUUCGACAUUUUCUAUUGGUUACCAAAAGUUUAUAAAUCCGCGGCAAUUCACAAGGGUGCAAUGAUUUAAAAAAACGAUCUAUUUCUGUAGUUCUGAGCCAAUAGAUCGCACUUAAUUUUAGAUGUAUGUUCUUAAAGAAUUAAAAAUAUUGAUUGAUGGAAAAGAAAAAUAGUCCUACACUCUAUAAAAUAUUCAAUUUUAUAGAGUGCACAUAAAAGAUUAAAAUAGGAACUACUAAAAAUAGACACUACGUCGGCUACAAAUUAAUUUUUUUUUUUACCCAAAUAAGGCAAACCUACUUAAGUUGGUAUAUAAUGUAUAUAUUGUUUUUGUUUUUUAACGGUCACAAUAGAAAUAUCCGAUUUCAGAUAACGAUAAAUCAGAGACUGUCCUAAUUUUUAAGCGAUCAGCCAAACAUGAAAUUACUGAAGAUUAUUCUCAAAAUUCAUACUUCUUAUACAUGCAGGCAAAGUAAGUGGAAAUUCGGAAUAUCUUGAAUUUUAGUCUCAGAUUUUCAAACUUUGUAUAAAAACAAAUUAACUUAAUCUAACUAUUUAGGGUUUUCCUUCUAAAUAUUUGUUAAAUGGAGGGAUUAUUUUGUCCCAGUCAGUGUAGGCUUUUUAGUUUUAGCCAAAAAAAGCUGAUUAAAGAUAGCUUUUUUCUUGCCAGAAUGAUUAUUUAAAUCGAAGCUGGUAAAUGCGGAUGCAGGAAAGAAAUCGUAUUUUUUGAUCAUAAAAUAUUAUGGAUUAAAAAAAAAAAUAAAUUUAUAUGAUUAUUUUCUUUUUAUUUAUAAUGGUGAUGUUUUAUUCAAAGAUCGUGUUAGUCUUAGGGUUACAAAUAAAAAAAUUAUGUUUAUUUCGCAAUUCAAAUAAAGUUUCCGUACCAGUUUGAUAAAGUUUUUAUUCAAAUUAUAUAUAAAUUACCGGAAAUUUAACUUGGUGCUUAUGAGUCAUUUACCAAAAGUGUACUGAUUUUGAAAUUUAUUUUAGAUUCUUCAUCAAAUAUUGAUGCUUAUUAUUAUAUCGAUGGUUAAAGUUCAAAAUCUUGUAAGUCGAUUUAUCAAAAUUUUACAGGAGGAAGGAAAAAUGUUUAGACACUAUAAACAGAAUGUUGUCUAAAUAAUAGUUUUUGUUUUAAGUUUUCAAAUUAGUUUUUGGGCACUUAAUAUGAUUUUUAAUAGAAGUUGUCUAUUAGAGAAAUAAAUGACUUACUUGGUUUGACAUUAAAUUUUUUAACUUUUCUUGAAAAAUACGAGGUUUUGUAACACAGAUAUAUCAUAAUGGUAUGUAGACAAAGGGUAAUAUAAACACAAUAAUCAAAUUAAAAAUUAUAUUUAUUUUCAAAAUUUGUCAAACCUCCAAAACGGGGAGCUGCCAGAAGUAAACUAAAAGAAAAAAAAUGCUAAUGGAAAAAGAACUACUGUACAAAAAAAUUUCUUUUUCUGUUACUCCGCUUGUGAAUGAUGUCGUAAAAGGACAUCUAAUCUUCAGGUAUACAUUUUUUAAUUCCAGGAGGUGCUUGAACUUAUCAGCUUUAAUUUUGAGUGGACCUUGGUAUAGUUGCCAAAAAUCACAAGGUUACCUGGCUGUUUUUUUUUUCGUCUUGAAAGUUUUGCCCAGUUGUCUUCAUACUUUUACUUAUAUUCAAGAGAGCCAUAUACCUCUGGAUUUUUAAGUUUUCUUUCAAUACAAGCAUGAAUCGAGUACACUCCAUUUGAGUGUGACCUUUUUCAAGAUAAUAUUUAAAUAUUUCUAGUUUCUUAUUUUCAGCAAGCCAUAAUAAAGCAUUGGAUAGAACUAAGUUACGGUUCUGGUAUCUGAAGUUAAGUUUUUAAAAAUAUCCAGAAUAACUGUAGUAAAGUCAUUAACUGUUACUCCACCAGCACGUUCAUGCCAAAUGUAACAGUGUGCUUUCUAAAAAAUUGUGGAUAGUCAACUUCAUUUUUUAAGUAAGAUGCAGAAACUUGCAGUCUAGGUGCUGGCAAUACAGCUUCUACAUCUAUAGUAAUUAUUCAAGUCGAUGGAUUGUCCUUAGCCAGGUCAUUUUGUCUAUCCUUUUUCAGCACGAGCCAUAUUUUUUCUUGUGAUAUUUAUUUGAUAUUCAUCUUUAACGGUACCCACAGAAAAUUUAAUGCAUGUGUCACAUUGGUCUUUUCUAAAAGAACCAUAAAACUAAGUACAUUAUUAUGACAAAAAGAAAGUUAACUUACUUUGGCCAUAAAAGUUACAGGUUCAAAUUAUUAAUCUCUUGUCUAAAUGUGGUAUGAUUUAAAAUUUGUCUGUGUCCUUGCGGCAAUAAUGGCUCUCAAUCUUGGGAACAUCAGACAGAAAUCGAAGAAGAAAUUCCUUGUCUUUAGAAACCGGUUUAAUAUUAUUUUUUCUUUGUUUGUGUUCUAGUAGCUGAUUUCUGGGCUAUUUCCGUAUUAUUUUUUAUCCAACUAUGGAUACUCCAUUCCCCAAUAGCAAGAGUCUAAAGAAACAUUUUUUUGCAAACACGUUUCCGCAUAUUAUUUUUAUUUUUCAGAUGAAAGACAUAAGAUGCAGCUCUCGGCUUCCUUAUUCAAUCUAAAACAUGUCACAAAACUUACCAGCCCGGCGAUAUUUGACAGGUGUUGCGGCUAUAAAUCCUUUUUACAUUCAAAUUUUUUUAUUUGCUCAAUAUAUACAUAUACAAAUUAUACACAAUCAAUUUUACAACUAUAUACUAUAUAACCCGAGGAUAAAAAGGACUACAGCGCGACCAUAGUGGCCGAUAACACAAAAUACACGAAUCAUGUGUAUUUGUGCGCGGUACCCCUGUAUACCCUAAAUUAUAUAUAAGUCUACUUCUAGAUUCCUAAUAGAAUAGCAAAUAACAGAAAAAAAUCCAACAUAGUUUUUGCCAGAAAUUGUCUGCCCUUCUUCAUCGGUAAAGGUUUAGCAAUGAAACUUUUUUGAUUUCUUUGACAUAUUGUAAUUACAAGCCGGGCCCAUUUUUCUUGACUUCUUUUCGACUUUAUCAUAUUUUUUGGUUUCCUUGUUUAGCUUUUGCCAUGUAGGUUUCUCCUUUCAUUCUUUUAAGUUUAUUUUUAUUAAGUUCCCAGUUAGAGCUAUUAACAUUAAUUUUUCUUUUACAUUUUGUUCUUUUUUUAGUUAUCAUUUCUUCUUGGUCGCUUUUUGAGGAAAUAUUAGACUCUGAAAAGUCUUGUUUGGAUCGAGAAAGUUCUGAAUUGGCAUAUUCAGAAAAGCUGUCUUGGAAGGGAUUGGAUUUCUAACUCACUGGCCUAAUCGCUUCUCAGAUUCCGUCACAUUAAUGUCUUAUUGCUUUGGGUCAUUAGACUAAGUUAAGUUAUUACUUGUUGAUGACUGUAGUUCGUUAAAGUUGCUUAUUUCUGGUUCACUGUUCAUAUUAGUUCUGUUUGGAAUUUCCGACUCAGUCGUCAUGUUACUUGCCUGUUUUAGGUCAUAAGUAUCAUAUGAAACGGAAUUUAAUAAGAGAUAAUUAUUGCUUGUUCCUAGUUGUUUCUCAGUAUAAUUAUUUGUAUCACGCUUUUGACAGUCAUUACUUUUACAUCCUAUAAAAAACAUUAAUAUAACCAACAAGGGUAUAUUAAACUAUGCAAAACAAUAAAUCGCGAAAAAUAACUUACCCAUUUUUAUUUUCGUUGACCAGUAGACUCACGAUGUAUUUACCACGACUAGUUGACAUAAUUUUAAAGCUUAAAAACACAAAAUCUGCCGACACGCGCUUUCUUUAACAUGUCAUAACUGAUUUAAACCUUUAAGUUUUUAUGUUAACAAAUCAAACUUAAAUAUCAAAACCUCCUAAGUCAACUAAAGAGGGUUUCUGCUUUACAUAUUUUAUAUGCUAGUUUUAGCAGUUUCUGAUAGAUGGACCUAAAUGUAUUAAAGGCCGGGAAUUAUCUUACAAAUUGCAGUUGAAAGGAAUUCGAUAUUUGGAAACGUUUCCCUUGAAAAAUGCAUAAACCAUAAAAAUUCGACUUACGAGGUUUUGCACUUUAACCAUCGAUAUAUUGGAAGGCUGGAACUUCAAUAAUUGUAAAAUAUUACUACUAAAAUGCGUUUUUCAUUUCCAAUGAGUUUUAAAAUAUAGCUUGGUAAAAAUAGUAUAUAUUAUUUAAAUCUUUCUUUGGACGUGUAAAACAGUUAUAACGCAACUAUGGUUAUUAGCUUAUUCAUAAGCAGGAAAAUUAAUUUAAAUUCUUAAUCUAUAAUUAACGGAAAUUUCCUUUUUUUCGUGUAAAGAUUUAAUGUUACUUGACUUACCUGGAAUAUAGCAAAUACGGAAUUUUGAAGUGAAUUGCGGGAUGAUCUUACAAAAAAUAUUGUGGAUUACCUAAUUUAAAGUUUAGAACAUUUUUGGACAAGACAACAGUCAAAGCGUUUUAUUGCGAUAUAUUUACAUUCUUUUUUUUUCUUUCUAUUGCUGUAGCUGAGACGAUGCUAACCAAUUGAAAUACAAAACCUUAUGCAUGCAACAAAAUCUGUGUAUGUAAGAUGAAAUAUAUUAUUUACUUCACCAUGGUAAAUUAGGCGAAUUUAUUCGCAAAAAAUCUUAUAAACCGUUGUCUGAAAUUUGCCUAAAAUUUUCAGUCUACUUUUGCAUUACUAUUUAUGUCCAUGAACUGCAGAAAGGGACAUUUUCUUUAUGUUAGAAAUUACAGUUACUAGUAAGAUUUUAUACAUAUAAAAUGACAUAUUCCGUUUUUUUUUCUAUUUAUGUAAGUAAUUUGCCAAAUUAGAUUUAAAAGUUGGGUAUAUUUUUUAAUGUAUGUUCGACAUUCUAUGUAUGUGUAGAAUAAAUAUAGAGUUCUGCGUGUUAGAUGUUUCUCUUCUCUGCCCUCGGUGAUUGGAUCUAAUUUUGGUAAAUUCAAAACGUCUUGUUUUGAAAAUCGGUCGAGUCUCUUUUUUGAACUUGUGAUAUUUAUUUUGUUUGCAACUAUAUUAUAGAUUUUUUUGUAUCAAAAGGUUUUAACAAUAAACAUAGAUGUUGAUUAAAAA